CGAGUCAGCCAACGGAUCAUAGACCCGCGUAACUUAUAUAGCCUACAUCGUCCGCGGAAGGAGAUGAGAAAUCCUGCGUCGACCCUCGACGCUUAAACUCCGCAGUAGGCGAAUACAGCUCACGAGGGGAUGUAGGUGCUGCGCUGCUUUUUUUUUCCUCCGAAGCUGCAGCUCAGAGACACAGGCUGAAAAAAGGGGCUCGCGCACACGGACCUCGAAUAUAACCGUAAAGCACCAUGGACACGAGCCAGAAGUCUUCGAUGCUGACAUGGCAGGAUUACCUAGUCAUCGGAAUCGUCAUGUUGAUUUCCGUCUGCAUCGGCAUCUACUAUCGCUUCACCGGUGGACGUCAAAAAACCGCCGAGGAGUACUUCUCGGCGAACAAGUCGAUGAGCAUAGUGCCGCUGGGGAUCGCCCUCAUGGUGUCCUUCGUCUCGGCCAUCACGAUCCUCGGCAUCGGCUCGGAGAUCUACGCGCACGGGGUGCAGUUCGCCAUCAUCUACCUGGGUAUCUCGGCAGCCACCGUCGUCGUCGCCUUCUUCUACCUGCCUGUCUUUUUCGAGCUCAAUUGUAUAAGCGUCUACGAGUACCUGGAAAGGAGAUUCGGCGUAGCGGCCCGCUUGACCACGAGCAUCGCCAACUUCAUUCAGCUGACGCUCUACACCGGCAUCGUCCUGUACGCCCCUUCGCUGGCCAUCGAGGCGACCACCGGCCUAUCCACGACGACCAGCAUCAGUCUCAUAUCGAUCAUAUGCAUCUUCUACUCGACGAUCGGGGGCAUGAAGGCCGUCCUCGUGACCGACAUCUUCCAGGCGAUCCUCAUGUUCGCCUCGCUCAUAGCCAUUUUGUGCGUGGCCUCGAGCGAGAUCGAAGGAGGACUGGGCAACGUCUGGAGCAUCGCUCAGCAGGCCAAUCGUACCCAGUUGUUCGACUUCCGACUUGAUCCGACCAUCCGACAGACCUGGUGGAGCUUGACAUCAGCGGGCUUCUGCGUGUUCUGCUCGUUGUACGGUGUCAACCAAGUCGAGGUUCAGCGACUGCUCACCGUGAGAUCGCUGAAAAAAGCUCGCCUCGCCCUCUUCGUCAAUCUGCCCCUGCUCAUCUCCUUCGCCAUGAUGACCAUAUUCUGCGGCAUGACGCUCUUCGCCGUCUACAAGGACUGCGACCCGGUGGCGACCGGCGAGAUAGCCUCGAUCGACCGCAUAAUGCCGUACUUUGCCGCCACGAAGAUGGCUGUCUAUCCAGGAUUGACGGGCCUCUUCAUAUCGGGGAUCUUUAGCGCGAGCCUCAGCACGAUAUCGGCCAUGCUCAACUCGCUGGCGGCCGUCUUUCUCGAGGACUAUCUCAAGCGCAUCUACCAGAAGUGCGGCAAGACCUUCCCGGUCGAGAGGACGACGCACUACGGCAAGAUCCUGGCCGUGCUGAACGGCUGCAGCUGCGUCUCCGUGGCCUUUCUGGCCGAGAGCCUCGGCAGUCUGCUCCAGCUGACGAUCUCGAUCACGGGCUCGAUAGCCGGUCCGGUUCUGGGUAUCUUCACUCUGGGCAUGUUCUUCGAGGAGGCCAACGAGUGGGGCGCCAUCGCGGGCAUCGUCACUGCCCUGGUCACGUGCAUGUGGGCGAGCUUCGGCCAGCCCCGGCCACAGCACCAUCGAGGCCCGGCAUCGUACUCCUCCACGGCGUGCAGUAACUCCAACUCGAGCAUCGCCUCGCAAUUCGAACAGUUGACAAGCACGACGGCGGCGGCGGCGGCGGUGAGCAGUCCUAUCAGCUUGGAGGCGGACGACGACAGCUCGUACUUUUAUCUGUACCGCAUCUCGUUCCACUGGUACAGCCUCAUGGGGCUCAGCAUAACUUUGAUAGUCGGCUACCUCGCCUCGCUGCUUAUCGGCCGGAUCUCGCCGAAGCGUCGAGUCGGAGGAGGAGAGGGACGCGAGCUCGACCCGAGCCUCUUCACGCCUCUCGUCGCCCGGAGAAUACGUCGCAGACGCCAGGACGCGGCUCGCACCACCAGCAGCCAGAUAUUCACUCUGGAGGAGCCCGCGGAGGGCAGGUGGGGGCCGUGACUGGCGGCCAACGCGCCCGAGGACGCCGACGUCGACGCCGUCAGGAUACCGCACACCGGCAAUCUCAUGCUGCUCGGCGACUUCUGGGGACACUAUUACUCCGGCUCCGAGGACGCGACUGCCGCUGAUUUCGCAGGCGAUGCCGGCGGUGAAUGACCGCGCCCAACUGCGCGACACAUCGAACUCUGCCUGUGCGACGCUAUCUAUAUACGUUAUGGACUCUGAGAGUGCGCGAAAACUAUGACUGUAUAUACAGUGCUAUGUAAUGCGAACGUGUGCAGUCAACGAGGACGAGUCGAAGCGAUGUACUUCACUUGCGAUUCGUUACAUAUACAUAUAAUAUAUUCACGACGAACUAAAUCUACCAUAUAGACCCAUAGAAUAGCAUUAUAUUCAGUAUUACGUGUGUGUUUUAACUUAUGUAAUUUACAGCUCACCGGCCUGUGUGUCGAUUGGAAAGACGUCGUUUUUUAUGACUCACCUGUAACAGAGAAGAGAUAGACACGCGAUUAUUAUACAUGUGUAU